CCCUCCCCACCACCAACACACACCUCCAGGGGUUCCCCUCGCCUGACGUUCAUUGGACCCUUUCUACACCCUCCGCUGGCGUGCAUCUACUUCCUAUUCUCCUAAACACCGUCAAUCGCUGUCCUGUCAGCCAUGACUUUCUUCCUCUGGGUCAUUACCUCCAUGGUGCGCUGGAUUCGCCUGAAGAUCUACCAGUAUGAGGUGACCUUCGCCGUGUACAUGCUUACUCCCACCGAAAAAUUCAUUUUUAACUCCCUCAUCCUCACCCUCCUCUCGAUGAUUGCCACAGGCAUCUACGUCUACCUGCCCAACCAUCUCCGGGUUAUCUAUAGCCACCUAUACUACUACUGGGUGGGAGAACGCCCCUUCAUCUCUGCCAACCUCCCCUCCAUCAGCUCCGUUUUCCGGGAGGGCGGGUCUGUGAUGUACGAAACGGCCAAAAAUGCCGCCGUAACGGCCACUCCCAUUGCGGAACUGUAACAUGCUUUGCUUCGGUGACCGCGACAGCGUGGCUUUCCCUGGUGUCGGUGAUAACUGCGGACUGCAAUCGGCCCUCAAUGGCUUGGCUUGUUUGUUCCUCAUUGCGAUAACCAUCGGGGCUUUUCUUCGCCUUGAGUUUCCGCUCUCCGCACCCGCCGCAUGCCUCUCUUGUCCUCGAGCAUGCAUUACUUCGGCAUUUCACGAUUCACAGCGCUACUCCUCCACCGACUGGUUCCUUCUGGUGUUGCGAAGUGGUUUCAUGGAGUUUGAGCGAUACUGUUCAGAGCGGGUCGGCGCAUCCUAGGCGUUCAUGAUCUUCGUUUCCUCGUCCUGAUCGAUUCAACCAACUACCCUCGACCUCGACCCUAAUUGUUAAUAUCGUGUCGAGUCAAUUGCCAUUGUCAUGACCAACAAAAGAAAACG